AUGACUUUCGACCCGAAGAAGGCGACCGAAAAGGUCAAUGAAAUUGUUAGCUCCUCCAUUCACCUCGCACAGGAAGAGCAGCAUGCAACCCUGACUCCGCUUCACCUGGCUGUAGUUUUGUUUGAGGAGCCUCAAGGUAUUGCACGUAGCGCUGCGUCACGUGUUGGAGGCGAUGAAGCAUGGCGCAGCUGCAUUCGAGUGCUGCGGAGGCGACUGGCCAAGUUGCCAAAAGUCCAGCCGGCACCCGACAGCGUAUCACCGGGUCGCGACCUCACCAAGAUGCUAUCAACGGCCGCUAAGGCCCAGAAGGACCGCAAUGACGCGUACCUGGGAGUGGACACGCUACUGUCGGCCGUGAUCGCGGCACAGGAUGUGUCGGAGGCUCUCAGCGAGGCGGGUGUCAGCAAGGCCCAACUGGAGACGGCGCUGGCGGAGGUACGGCAGGCCAGCGGCAAUGGCCCUGUCGACUCGCAGACCGCUGACGCCAACUUCGAUGCGCUGUCCAAGUACGGUACCGACCUGACCGCCAACGCCGCGCGUGCUGAUCCCGUUAUCGGCCGCGACGACGAGAUCCGUCGCGUGGUGCGUGUGCUGUGUCGCCGUACCAAGAACAACCCCGUGCUAAUCGGCGAGCCCGGCGUUGGCAAGACCGCCAUUGUGGAGGGCCUGGCGCAGCGGAUUGUCAAGGGUGACGUGCCUGAGACGCUUCGUGGUGUGCGGCUCAUAUCCCUGGACAUGGGCUCCCUGGUGGCGGGGGCCAAGUACCGAGGGGAGUUCGAGGAGCGGCUCAAGGCCGUACUGACGGAGGUGCAGCAGCAGCAGGGCAAGGUGGUCUUGUUCAUAGACGAGCUACACCUGGUUCUCGGCGCUGGCAAAGCUGGGGACUCGGCCAUGGACGCCGCCAACCUGCUCAAGCCCAUGCUGGCCCGGGGGGAGCUUCGCUGCAUUGGCGCCACCACGCUGGCCGAGUACCGGGAACACAUUGAGAAGGACGCAGCCUUUGAGCGCCGCUUCCAGCAGGUGCUCGUCAAGGAGCCCAGUGUGGCUGAUACGGUGGCGAUCCUGCGCGGCAUCAAGGAGCGCUACGAGAGUCACCAUGGGGUGCACAUAACCGACCGGGCGCUGGUGGUGGCGGCGGAACUGAGUGAUCGGUACAUCACAGCGCGCUUCCUGCCAGAUAAGGCCAUCGACCUGGUGGAUGAGGCCUGUGCCAACAUGCGGGUGCAGCUGGAUUCCAAGCCCGAGCAGCUUGAUGCCCUGGAGCGGCAACGCAUCCGACUACAAGUAGAAGCUGCGGCUCUAGCCAAGGAAAAGGACGAGCUCAGCAAAGUGCGCGCGGCGGAGGUCGCUAAGGAGCUGGCGGCAUUGGAGGACAAGCUGCGGCCGCUCCUGCUGCGGUAUCAGCAGGAGCGCAGUCGGCUUGAGGAGUUGCGGCGCCUGGUGCAGAAGCGCGACGAAAUCCUUGUCAACAUUCAACUGGCAGAGCAGCACAACAACCUGGCGCGGAUUGCGGACCUGCGGUACGGGGCUCUUCCCGAGGUGGAGGAGCGCAUCAAGGCGCUGCGGGUGGCUCAGCCCGCUGACGCCAUGCUGUCGGAGGAAGUUGGGCCUGAGGAGAUUGCGACAGUGGUGUCCCGAUGGACGGGCAUUCCUGUCUCCCGUCUGAAGCAGAGCGAGCGCGAGAAGCUUCUGGAGCUUCGGUCCGAAUUGCAGAAGCGGGUGGUGGGGCAGGACGAUGCGGUAGCAGCGGUGGCGGAUGCGGUGCUGCGCUCGCGAGCUGGCCUGGCUUCCCGCAACCGCGGCAGCAGCUUUCUGUUCCUGGGUCCCACGGGUGUUGGCAAGACGGAGCUGGCCAAGGCACUGGCGCAGCUGCUGUUUGACGAUGAAAAGAUGAUGAUCCGCAUCGACAUGGGCGAGUACAUGGAGCGGCACAGUGUCAGCCGCCUCGUCGGGGCACCGCCCGGCUACGUAGGUCACGAAGAGGGUGGACAGCUUACGGAGGCUGUGCGGCGGCGGCCGUACAGCGUCGUGCUUUUUGACGAGGUCGAGAAGGCCCAUGCAGAGGUCUUCAACAUACUACUCUCCAUCCUGGACGACGGCCGAGUCACCGACUCCAAGGGCCGUACAGUCAACUUCGCAAACACUGUCAUCAUCCUCACAUCAAACUUGGGAUCCGAAGCUCUGCUUCAAGCUGCACAAAAGGCCCAGCAUCAGGUUCAGCAGCCUCGGCCGCAGGGUGGUGGGCUCCCUGCCAAUGAACCCUACCGUGAGGCUAAACAAAUGGUGAUGGCCGCUGUCCGGCGCUUAUUCCGGCCCGAGUUCCUAAACCGCCUGGAUGACAUCGUGGUUUUUGAACCGCUGCGUCCUGAGCAGAUGGUUCACAUUGCUGGCUUGCUGGGCAAGGAGCUGGCGGGCAGGCUGUCACCGCACAACAUUGGGCUCACCUUCACGGAUGCUGCUCUGUCGUACGCAGUACAGCAGGCGUACAACCCGGAGUACGGUGCACGCCCGCUGCGGCGAUGGAUGGAGCACACUGUAGUGACGGAGCUGAGCCGCAUGAUUGUGAGCGGCAGGCUGCUGGACAACAGCGAUGUGGUGGUGGACACGGCUCCUGUCACUGGUGGUGAAGGCGGUGGAGGCUUUACAUAUAAGGUGACACCUAAGCCGCCGGUAGGGGGUGGUUCGGUGCAGCCGGCGGCCAGUGCACUGUCAGCCACGGAGCUAUUAAUGAAACGCGCACGGCCUGAAGUGCAGAGCAUGGAUUUGGAUGAGCACGAUGACUACUGA